AUGGAGCCGGGUAACGAGGGCGAGCCUUUAGACUCGUCCCCAACAUCCGGAGCCUCCCGAACGGGAACAGAGCCCAGCAAAAUAUCCGUGUCCGUGUCGGCGUCGUCGUCGUCGACGACGACGCACACGCGCUUCCCAGGCAUAAUUUCGCCCUUGUUUGAAGGUGCCGUACCGCUCCUCUGCCUAUGUGCGGACCCAGGUUUUCCUGGAGCAAGAGAAGAAGACAGAGAACCACGGCCGGGGGCCCAGUCACAGUCUCUCGAGACGGUGAUGAAGAGAAUGAGGUCCGACCCGCUUGAAGCCAGGCUGAACUCGAUGACUCAAGCAGAGUGCAUGCAGGCGGCGCGUGGUGCGCUCGCAACUUUGCAGAUCCUGGCUGAGGUCAGCGAGAUGGCUCAAGUAGGAGCCCGGACACUGGCACGGCUAAUUAACACAGUCGACGGCGGCAGUAGCAGCAGCAUCGCCACUCCCCCACCCACCUUAUCACAGGCAAGCAGCCGUGUUGAUGCUGUCAGCUUUGGAGGGCCAGGCCAGCACGAUGGUGGCACCUGGGCAGGGGCGACGGGACAGCGGGAUGUAGCAAUACAGCGACCACAGCCGGCCGUCGACGCGAUUCCCCAGUGGGCCUGUAAUCCGGAAACACACUCUGCAGGAGCAGUGGACUACCACCCCAAUUCUUUCUUUCCAGCAGGCGACAUGGGGAUCAGCGCGGGAGGAGCAAUGGGGCCAGAGAGCUGGGAGGGCUUCUUUCGCGAUUUCACAGGUGGCUUUGGCUUAUAG